UUUCUCUGUAUUAGUAGUUAACACGGGUUGGGAAAAGGGAAAAGAAAAAGAGGAUGUCCCGCUGCUUGAGGCCGUAGUUGGCUGGUUGGCCCGCCAUCCACGCCUUUGCGCAGAGGUGAAACAGCCAACUCUGCGGAGGGAUCGCCAUCCCGGUGACGCAUCUGCUCGCAAUUUUGUCCCACAUACUUUUUUUUCCUGCAGCCGUCUGGCCUGUCGUUCCCUUCACAACUGCCUUGCUCUCCCGUUGACAGACUUUCAGGCGGCUCCCUCUCCGCCUUUCCUCCGAGCUCGAAAACCACGCCGUCUCCCCACCUUUCCGCAAUCGAUCUAUUGUUCACUUAUCGAUCUUACAAUUGCAGCUAACACAAUUCCAGUCGAGGGGUCUGGACAGACUCCUCUGAACCCGUCGUUGCCCGCCAUGCUGACCAUGCACAGGCAGUUCGGCAAGCUGAUGAAAAGAUCCGCCGACGAGAGCCAAGUCUCCGUGCUCCUCAAGGACUUUGACAAUGCCGAUAAACUGCUGACCAAGAUCAUCGACUCGAGCAAAGCAUGGCGCGAUGCCUGGUCCUCCAUCCUCACCUACCAGGCGAGACUGCUCCAGGAAUUCGAGACGCUCUACCAGCCCAUUAUCGGCUCGUCCGAACCUACCGCUCACCCUCCCGCAAUAACACCAGAAUCCACCUUGGAAAGGACGUCUCGAUUGAAGGAGGAAUACGAGUCCCUCCGCGUUGACCUUUUGGCGGAGAUACAGUCGGUAGACGACCGCAUGAUCAAGCCUGCGAUGGAAGCAAAGGAUUAUCUACAGCCGAUGAAGAAGGUCAUGAAGAAACGCGAAGAUAAAAAGCUCGAUUAUGAACGGUAUCAAGGUAGAGUGGACACCGCGCGGAAGAAAUCGAGGCGGUCAGAUAGAGAGAAUGCGGCCCUUGCUAAAGCUGAACUUGACCUGGCCAAAGCCAUAGAGGAAUAUAACGCGGCAGAUGAUCAUCUUCGCAACCAUUUGCCUGGUUUGAUAACUGCCACAUUCUCCAUUCUUCCACACAUUCUCGCCGCUCAGAUCGAGAUCCAGAACACCCUUCUUGCUCUAUACUACACUUCGCUACACAAUUAUUCCUCGGAGCAGAACUUCCCGUCUCCACCACCUCCGAUGGACGUGGUGAUUCACACCUGGGAGCAGGAUUUCCUCCCUAUCCAGCGACAGGCGGAAUCAAUCGCCUGCAUUUCUCAUGGUAAACUAGGUCGCCAACGCAAGGCUUCCGAUGAAUUCAGAAAUGGCGGACUGCGGAAUGGAUUGGGUGCACGCCAUACCAGCAACACGUCUGCAAUUCGUAAACCGUCUGUCUCCCCGGUUCGCGCCAUGCAUGCACCACCAUCUAUCCCAGCUGACACACGGCCACGGAUAAAUGGCUUCAACACCGCCCCGUCUGGCAAUCUAAUGGCAGCAAACACAGCCAAGCAAUGCUCUCCCCCAAGGAUAAGCCCAACCCCCUCCGAAUCAUUAGAUCCCUCUCCCUACCAUACUACUCCACCACAACAGGCCUAUACACCCCCCGUCUCACGAAACACACAAAGGCAAACAUCCGCACCUACCGCUGCAAUUGCCUCAAUGGCUGCAGCCGCCGCGAAGAAAAAGCCCCCUCCCCCUCCUCCCCCACCACGAUCGGCAUCAUCCCAGAUACAGUUCGUGACCGCACUAUACGACUUCGGCGGUCAAGGUGCUGGCGACCUCGUGUUUAGAGAAGGCGACCGCAUUCGUGUCAUCAAAAAGACCGAGAGCACUGACGAUUGGUGGGAAGGAGAACUGCGAGGCGUCAAGGGCAGUUUUCCUGCUAACUAUUGUGCGUAAUGGAGGACUCGCUGUCUCUACAAACAGUUCCUACUUUCAUUUUGCAUGGUCAAGGUUGUUUUUCAUCUCUUCUCAAAUUCGGCGAUAGCUGGGGGAAAGGGGAGAAGGGCUGGUGGGAAAACAAAAGGAAAAGGGAUGGGAAAAUUAUGCUUGCUUUUUCCUUUUAAUACUGACCUACUAGAAUAUAGGAUGGAUAACGAUUGUCAGCCCUUUUUUUUUUUUUUUUCUUUUUCUCCCCGUGUAUCAUGGAAGCGCGACACAUUUAUCGUGUCUGGUGUGGCCUGGACUUCCAUCUCCUUUCCGCUCGGUUCCCUUCAGGUGUAUCUCUGAUCCAGCCUUUUCUUAUCAGUACAUGCUCGUGGGGAGGCAAAUUCCAUCGGUGUUCAUCUCUGAAGUCUAUUUCCCUUGCCUAUUGUUCUAUUUUGCUUGAUUCAUUUGAUGUUUGUUUAAACAGCCUUUCAAAUGACUCCGCACAACCCUCAUUUCUAAGUAAUAAUGUGUGCCUAAGUCUCUUUAUUCUUCUUGUCGAAUUUGCACAUACACUCACAUGGAAAAGAAGAAAAGAAUACAACAUGACAUAUUAGUUAUGUUCCACCACAUGUCCCUCUCUUUCAAAACGUUGCAAUCUGCUGGAGAUAUAUAUACACAAGAAGCAAGAUGAGGUUGAUUAAUAUGAAGCACUCAACCAAAGAGCAACCAAAAAGGCCAGCAAAAUGACAGUAUGCUAAUUACUGGUUAC